UUUAAGUGCGGACAGACAGGACAUUUGUCUCGGGGUUGUUUAGUACAAAAGGGGCCGGCAGCGAACCCUGAUAGUGCAAAAGUAACCAUCGAGACCAACAUCCCACCAACAUCACCUGUAUCAAGCCAAUCUGCAACAGCAGAGGAGAUGCACAAGCUCCUACGUAACCGCAUCCGGCAGCUAGAGAUGGAAGUGGAGAGGAACAUGAAAACAGGGUCGACUGAGGUUGCCACCUAUGCCAGCCACCUCUCACUACCCCGUCAAGCCAAACUGACUGCUCUUAUUGGCAAGAAGUGCAUGGUGGACUGUUCCUUGGAGGGAGUGGCAACGCAAGCGCUAUGGGAUACGGGCUCCCAGGUCACGAUUAUCAAUGAGAAGUGGAGAAAGUCCCGCCUCCCACACAUCCAGCUGAGGAGCACUGAUGAGAUCCUGGGUGAGAACGGAACCAUAGUUGGGAGAGCAGUGAAUGAUACGCCGAUCCCAUUUGCGGGCUGGGUGGAGCUCCAGUUCAAGUUGAGAGCAGACGGGAGUCCUCAGCCAGAGUUACUUGUACCGGUACUUGUCUCCAGUGAGCCAGGGGUGGCAGAACUGCCAAUCAUUGGCUACAACGUGAUAGAGCACCUGGUGAUGGAUGGGAUGGAGCAGCAUCCUGAGGUUACCCCACGGGUGGUCGGAGAAGCCUUCUCCAUAGACUGUAACAGAGCAAGUGUGUUGAUCCGUCUGGUGCAGAGCUGUGACCACAAUGAGAAGGAGGGCAUCGUGAGGGUGGCGAGGCAAAAGACAGUGAUCCCGGCAGGGCAGACUAGGGAAGUUACGUGUAGUGUGAGAACAGGGCCCCUAUCCACAAAACAAGAAGUCCUGUUUGAACCAGUGCGGUUCCCAAAGUGUCCAGAGGGGGUGCAAAUGGCCCAAACAGUCACCUGUCUGCAGAAAGGAAACUGGUCCAAGGUAACUAUCCCUGUCACUAAUGAUAGCAACCAUGACAUAGCUCUCCCUCCCCGCACUGUACUGGGACAGUUGCAACAGAUUAAGACAAUCUACCCAGCAAAUGUCAAGCCCGCCAGUAGCCGUGUCGAGGCCGCUAAGUCAGCUAGUGAGGAUGAAGACACAGCCAGCACGCUCUAGACUCCUGAAAAAGAGAAAGAGGAACAGAGACAGCUGGACGCGUCUCAAGCCGAGACAUGGGACCCCCCAGUGUCCGUGGACCAUCUGACCCCAGACCAGCAGGAGAAAGUGAGGCAGGUCCUACGUGAGGAGUGUGCCGCAUUCUCAAAAGAUGAAAAUGACAUCGGAUGUAUCC